AAGCUUUGCUGCAAGAAUUUUGCCAGCUUUGCCAGCUUUCCUUUCGCUGGAUCUUUGAAGAGGCGGCAAAGGACCCCACCAAAGCUGAAGAAGACAUUCAGGUGUAGUACAUGUAGUUGAAAACAAGAUGAACCUUUCAUUUGAGGUGGAUCAAUCGUCGGGAGUAGUCCAUGCAGGAGAUUUUCUGUCGGGAAGACUGUUAGUGAAUGCGGACAAAUCGGUGAGUGCUACCUGUCUGGCAGUCUAUUUUCGGGGCAAAGAGGAAACGACCGUGGUCUACCACAAGACGGAACGUCGUGGAGAUAAGUCUCACAGAGUUCGAAAGACAGCCCAUGGGAAGACGCAAAUCACGCGACAGAAUAUCGAGGUACCCAAUGAGUCUCAGUCUUCCAUCAUUCAAAAUGGCAAAGUAAUGCCUGGAUCCUAUCAAGUGCCCUUUCGCAUCCAAGUGCCCACAGGGAUCCCGUCCUCUAUGACAAAUCGACAAGGAAACGGCACUGCUGCCAUCACGUACGCCUUGAAAGCAGUUCUCAAGGGAUCUGGAAUCUUUCAAGACUAUCAACAGCGUCAUCCCAUACAAGUUGUGGCGGCACCAGAAUUGGCCCACACAGUGCCCUACAUAGUCCAACCCAUCACCAACAUCAUUACCUCCUGUUGUUGCUUCAGCCACGGAGCAAUGACCUGUGGAGCCAAGGUACAAGACACUCAGUUAUUCAGAGGACAAAAUGCCCAAGUCAAAGUGGCGAGUGUCAAUGACAGUUCGGCCAAUAUAGAUCACAUUGAACUCGCCUUGAUGCAGCACAUUUGGUGCCAAGCGGGGUCGCAUUCCGAUACUUCCAGAACAAAACUCUGUAUUCACGUGGUUCCCACAGACGAGUCUCACAAUAAACUCGACAAGCAAGCUCUCAAACAAAAAAUGCAAGAUGCAAAUCGAGAACACAACAACAAUCUAGUCAUAUUGCAAUCGCUCAAUAAUGAUGACGCGUGGCUGACUCUCCCGCCAGUUCCGGAAACCGCCUUUAAUACCUAUCAAGGCUCACUUAUCAGAAUCACUCAUAAAUUGCGGAUCAAACUGGGGACCACAUCCAACCACACCAAUCCGGAACUUUUCGUACCCGUCAAGAUUGCCACGGGGGUAACACCAUCCGGAUCCGCACCGCAAACCAACCCAGAACUCCACAUUAUUCCCGUGGCACCCGCUUUACCCAUUCCCAACAACAAUCAUUCUGAUCCACCCAUGAAUCCCAACUAUUACCAGAAUCCAUCCAAUGAUGAUGAUAUUGAUAUUGACAUUCCAACUGUCCAUGUUGUUGCUCCUCCCGACACCAAUCCGGACUACAACAAUCAACUCCCCACCAUGGAUUAUCCGGGAUCACCACCAUCCAUUGACCAACUCGUGGAACUCAUGACCAACUCGGUCGAUGAUUUGGCCAUUGUACAGUUGCGAGUCACCAAUGCCGCAUGGGACCCCGUCUUUGCCAACUUGUCACCCACCGAUUUUGGACGCAUUCUGCAAAUGGUGCAUUUGGAUGUCAAUGAAAUUCCCGUGGCCAGGACUGUGGCGGCGCAUGUCACCAGCAACAACAACAACUUUACCUGCCAACAUGUCGCGGCAGCAUUGCCCUUUUGUUCCGAAUACAGUAAAUCCACCAUGGUGGAACAGUUGAUACCCUUUUGUGUCGAUCUCCCGCAAAAUCAUUCCCAAAUCACACGGCAACUCUCGGAUUGGGACAAGAUGGCUACGGAUGCCGCUAUUCAGAAUGCCAUCAACGGAAGGUAGUACCGGUAGCUGGUUAGCGUGCAUCCAUCUAGUAUUAAUUGUAUCCAUCAUCGUUGGAGCGCCCCUGGUAGAGCCCGGGUGGAUGCUUCAUCGUUUGGUUUGCCGGGAGUUGGAUGUCCACUUGCUCGAGAUGGAAUUGUGAAUGCGGCAUCAGCACGAAACCGGGUGCACCAACUCAGUUCCUUGUGAAGACCAUCAGCGCAAUCGCAUGUAAAGGGCAAAAUGGGCCCUCGUCUGUCAUUUUGUGCGGCCGUGGCCGGUGGAUUUUGGUUGUUGGCUCCUUCGUGAUAAAAAUUUGGAAAGCGUGUGCAAGUUUGUGCAGUCUAGUCAAGAGGCUAUUCCUCGUGCCAAAUGAAAACCAUAUGACGACGGCCGAAAACAGUGUGACCCACGGGUGCACCGUGGGGACGGGAUGACACCUGAGUAGAGACCGCCAUUGUGCUGGCACGAGGCACAGUGAAACCAGGAUGGCCAAAAUGAUUGGGAGGGGCAAAAUGAAUCUUCAGCUGCACGAUCAGGGGCAGAAGCAUGAUAACUCUUUUCAUUUGCCUUUGCCUUUGCUGGUUGCUUUUUGCGAUCUCGGCAUCUUUGUCCAGCUUCAGGGGUAGAAGAGGUAGAUGAGUAUGAAAUCAUUUUCCAGAAGCAACGAACCGAUUACGUGUAGAUAAAGUGCGGUGAUGGUCGCGUACCGUACCACUUUUAAUCAGUCUUGAAUCAAUGACACAUAAAUGAAGUGCUCACACAGGGCCUUAAAAACAGCCUGACAAAGAACAGUGUCCAAUACUUUUACAUUCGUAUCUUUGGCUACACCGAAAUCCUCCUCAAGGUUCCAAGGUUGUGGCGGAGCGCUUGGGACUUUGGAAGACGGUGGUGAGGACAUGGAUGUACCGGUACGGCAAACCGCUUCACACAUACAUGUUGUAACUCGUCCGUUGCUCCAGGCGACGAUCAUCUUGGCAGCCAGCCACUUGUCUCUGCCCACUAAUCUACUAA